AAUUAUUUAUUUAUUUAUUUACUUUUUGCGAAACUAUUGUUGUUUACAAAUACACUAUGGCAACAAGCAACAUGGAGUCAAACUAAAGUAGUUGUCACACGAAACAGUUCUCCGUUGUUAGGAUGAUGUCUGUUCCCGAUCGAAGAAGGGAAAUGUAAUGAUUCGCUAAUGAAAUGUGUUUUAUUUCAAUGCUGCGAUUUAUUUUAAUAUCGCUGCGAACUUAUUCCUUUUGUUGAAACUCGCUACAUUUUAUUUUGCACAAUGGCUUCUAAUGUGGAAGCCACGCUACGUAAGACUGUUAGCACUAUGACGGAUUUCUUAUUCCCAGUUUCCAGAGAAGACAUCAAAAAGAAUCAACACAAUAUUUUACGUUCUGGUCAUGAAUACGUAACCAGCUUACCUUUCCAGAUGGAACUGUACUUCAAUGUCUGGUUCUUCCCAUUUUGGCUUGUUUCUGUUAUUGCAGCUCUUACUUUCAAGUUUUCCAAACUCAGUAUUGUCUACCAGAUCCUCCUGGUUGCUGCUUACAUCAUGUUUGGUAUUAUUGAGAUUAUCCGGCUUUAUUUGGGUUACAUUGGAAACUUAAUGGAAAGAGUACCUGAGCUUUCCGGAUCUUGGCUUUUGACGUUACUGAUGCAGUUCCCUCUAAUUAUAUUUCUGCUGUUCAAUGAAAGCCAGACAUUUCCUCUUGAAAUAGCUCUUCAUAUAGUCAUGUUUGGGUUUAUUCUGAUUGAAAUAUUUUCAGGUUAUUUUGCUAUUCGUACCAUGAUCAACUACCAGAUGACACAGUUUCACUUGCGUCAGUUUUCUGACCUAGAGUUUAUUACUCAAGACUAAAGGAAAAGACAGGAUAAAGAGAUUGUUUCAAUGUGUACAGACGAAUUUUACACACCUCAUUAAAUUUAAAUAGCCCUUAUAUAUAUGUGUAUGUGUGUGUGUACAAACUAAUACAAUCCCUUUUUCUAACAGUUAACAGAUCAAGACACAAGAUACUUCUGAUACUUUAAGGUAUAAAGUAUAGCCAUACCAUAGUAUCAGUGUGGAUAGGAAUAGAGUAUCUUAGGCUUUUAAUUGUUAGCUUCUAUGUUAUAAUGCCAUGACAAGUGAAAGUUAUUACUGUGAGCUCAACUCUACACUAGUGUCUAUUUAAUAGUUAAAAUAAAGGAAGCAUUCCAAUGUAAGUCUUAAAUGUUGCCGAGUGAAAGAUAUUUUUCAGAUAUUUAAUGAAAAAAAUCAACUAUUUUGUCUGAUUGUUUGAUUUCAUCAAAGACAUAUUGAAAUGUUGAAUAUUAUUCAUCAAAUAGCUCACUUUGUAACUGUGUGGAACCUUAAGCCAGUGUCUUUUACUAUAUUUACUAUAUUCCUUGGCUAACCAAUGUCAUGUGAAUGGAAACUGUGUACACAUAAGCCCAUUGUGUGUGUGUGUGGGUAUAUAUAUAUAUAUAUAUAUAUAUAUAUAUAUAUACAAACACGCACACACAUAGAUAUACACACAUGUACAUACAUGCAUGUAUGUCUUUGUGUGUGUUUUUAUGACUGUGGUUGUCAUUCCCGCCAUCGUUUGACUACCAUUGUUAGUUUGCUUACAUACUUGUAACUUAGCAGUUUCACAAAAGUGACUGAUAGAAUAAGUACUAGACUUAAAAUAUAUAUAUAUAAGUACUAGGGGUGAUGAAUUUUGACAAAAACCCUUCAGGGCAAUGCCCCAGUAUGGCUGGUAUCCAAUGACUGAAACAAGUAAAAGAUAAGAGAUAAUAGAAGUAUGCAGUUACAAGAUUCUGGUAUAAAAUCAAAAAGCUUGAUUUUCUUGUUUUAAUGCAAUUUCAGCUUUAUUAAAUACAUUACCAGCAGCUGAAUGAUUAUACUUAAGCCCUGAGAAUCUCUGAGUGGUUGGCGUUAGGAAGGGCAUCCAGCUGUAGAAACUCUGCCAAAUUAGAUUGGAGCCUGGUGUAGCCAUCCGGUUGCACGAGUCCUCAGUCAAAUCGUCCAACCCAUGCUAGCAUGGAAAGCGGACGUUAAACGAUGAUGAUGAUGAUGAUGAUGAUAUAUAUAUAUAUAUAGUUUCAUUCAUUAGACUGCGACCAUGCUGGGGCACCACCUUGAGGGAUUUUAGUCGAACUAAUCAACCCCAGUACUUAUCUCCUUUUAAACCUGGUACUUAUUCUAUUGGUUUUUUUUGCUGAACCACUAAGUUAUGGGGAUGUAAACACACCAACACUAGAUGUCAAGCGGUGGUAGGGGUCAAACACAGACACAAAGAUACACACACAUAUACAUACGACAGGCUUUCUUCAGUUUCUAUCUAUCAAAUCCACUCACAAGGUUUUGGUCAGCCCAAGGCUAUAGUUGACAACACUUGCCCAGAGUACUGGUUUCAGGUUCAGUCCCAUGUGGUUGGGAAGCAAACUUCUUUCUACACAGCCACACCUGCACCUAUGUGUGUGUGUGUGUGAUUUUGGUCCCAAUCUAAAAAACAUGUCAAACUGGUAUUCUACAAUUUCAUCUUUAACCAUUUCAUUACCAACCUUCCUGACUGAGACUAACCUUGGCUUUAUGAAACAAAAUUACUCAUAUUUAAAUCAAAAUCUUCAAUCAUAAUUUUGUAUAAAAAUCAUUUUGUUAUACAACCAAUGAGUCAUUUUACUGAAUCCCUCCAAAUCCUUGAUUAGUAGAAAAAGAAAAAAAAAGAAAAAAAAGGCACAGGCAAUGUGAUUCAUCAGAAAUAUGGUCUUGAAGAGGUUAUGGGUUAAUUAGGAUAUAAAAUCACAUUUUUAUAUAUUGAAAUCAAAAUCUUUUUUAAUAUAUAUAAAAGAUAUAUAAAAUCAAUUCAUAAAAUAUCAAA